GGGGGAGCUCCGGGCGCGGCCAUUCCGCUGGGAUGUGCGCGGUGCCAUCGAUAGACGACACUCCUUGGAUUAUAGAGCGUUUCAGGCGCAAUGGCAGAUCCCAUCCGCUGGGCGCGAUACCGUUGGCAGCGACUGAUAUCAGCAGAGGGCAGGCAAAGCAGCAGCAGCAAUUCAAGUGGCAAGUGCCAUCAAUCAUCAAAAACUACUGGCAAACACAGGAUAGUGAUACCCUGUUUGGGACAUUUUAAAGAAGAGUAUGAAAAAGUAUCCAAACUAUACAUGAACAACAAAAUACGGACUACCAAGUAUACUUUAUUGAAUUUUUUACCACGGAAUUUAUUUGAACAAUUUCACAGAGUUGCCAAUUUGUAUUUCCUAUUUCUAGUUGUCCUAAAUUGGGUUCCUCUGGUGGAAGCUUUCCAAAAAGAAAUUACAAUGCUACCUUUGGUAGGGGUUCUAACAAUUAUUGCAGUGAAGGAUGGUUUGGAAGAUUACUCAAGAUACAAAAUGGAUAAACAGAUAAACAACUUACUAACCAAAGUAUAUAGCAGGAAGGAGAAGAAAUACAUAGAUGAAUGCUGGAAAAAUGUCAAUGUUGGGGACUUCAUCCGGCUUUCACGUAAUGAAAUCAUUCCUGCUGACAUGGUGCUGUUAUAUUCCAGUGACCUGGAUGGGAUCUGUUACAUUGAAACGGCAGGCCUGGAUGGUGAAACCAAUCUGAAGCAGAGGCAGGUGGUGAAAGGAUAUGCAGAGCAGUUCUCUGAAAUUGAUCCAGAGGAAUUUUCCAGUAGAAUAGAGUGUGAAAGUCCCAACAACAACCUCAGUCGUUUCAGAGGCUUUGUUGAGCAUUCAAACACGGAUCGAGUGGCUCUCAGCAAGGACAAUUUACUCCUGCGAGGAUGCACAGUAAGAAACACAGAAGCUGUUGUAGGCAUAGUGGUUUAUGCAGGUCAUGAAACCAAAGCCAUGCUGAAUAACAGUGGCCCUCAUUACAAGCGUAGUAAAUUGGAGAGAAGAGUGAACACUGAUAUUCUUUGGUGUGUUCUACUUCUAAUUUUGAUGUGUUUAACUGGAGCAAUAGGCCACGGGAUUUGGUUAACCAGGUAUUCGGAAAUACCUUUUUUUAACAUCCCCAAGCCAGAUGGGAAAUCGGUUCCUCCAAUAUUAGGAGGGUUCUAUAUGUUCUGGACGAUGAUAAUUUUAUUACAGGUCUUGAUCCCAGUUUCCCUCUAUGUUUCAAUUGAAAUUGUCAAAUUGGGACAAAUCUAUUUAAUACAGAAUGACAUUGAUUUUUACCACGAGAAAACAGACUCAACUAUUCAGUGUCGAGCACUGAACAUUGCUGAAGACCUUGGCCAGAUUCAGUAUAUCUUCUCUGACAAGACUGGAACCCUCACUGAAAAUAAGAUGGUUUUUCGGAGAUGCAGCAUUGCAGGACGGGAGUAUUGCCAUGAGGAAAAUGCAAAGAGGUUGGAAUCCUAUCAAGAGAUGCAUUCAGAGGAUGAGGAUUCAGCUGAUUGUCAAUGUGGCUCUUCAGCACAUACAUCAGAAUGGCAGAGGCACAACUGCAGAGCUGUGUGUGAACCUUUGAACAGGAAGUCUGUGAACCGGUUGUCUGGUAGUUAUCCUGCAUUCAUAAGGGAAGAUGGAGCAGGUGGUGGUCCCCACUCAGGACACAUGGCUUUCAGCAGUCCCAUUGAAACGGAUGUGAUACCAGACACACAGCUGCUGGAGAAGUUCAGUCAAAUUUCUUUUCAUUCUUAUCAACAGUCAGAAGAAGCUAGCAGCAAGUUAUCUUUGGAGACAAUGUACAUCACUGACUUCUUUCUUGCUCUGGCAAUCUGUAAUACUGUUGUAGUUUCAGUCCCCCAUCAGCCACGUCAGAAGAUGAGACUCUCUCCACUGGGCAGGAUGCCUAUUAAAUCACUUGAGGAUAUCAGGCAAAUGUUCCAGAGGCUGUCAGUCCGGAGACUGAGUUCCUCCCCACUUCCAAGUGUGAAGGAGUCAUCAUCUGAAAGCCCCAAUAGUUUUGUGAGAAAACUCUCUAUUUUCAAAAUAAAACUGGCCUCACCUGCUUUGAAUGGAGCUGCUCAAAGGGCUGGUGAACCUCACAAUACUGACAGCCCAGAAAAUUCCCAAGUGCCUCAAGAACUAGAUACAGUGAAUGUAGCUGCUGGCUGUGAACCCAGCAAUGCUGUGUCAUCUAUUGAGUUAUCCCCCCUACCUAAACUGUGUUAUGAAGCUGAGAGUCCAGAUGAAGCUGCUUUGGUUCAUGCUGCUAGGGCUUAUAAAUGCGUUUUACAGUCUAGGACUCCAGAUCAAGUAACUGUGGACUUUGCAGGUCUGGGAUCUUUAACGUUUCAGCUUUUGCAUAUCCUGCCUUUUGAUUCACUGCGGAAAAGGAUGUCAGUGGUGGUUCGGCAUCCAGUCUCCAACAAAGUGGUGGUGUACACAAAAGGUGCAGACUCAGUCAUGAUGGAUUUGUUGAGAACUGCAUCUGAAGCAUGUACUAAUAAUUCAGGAAUUGAAGAGAAGAAGAUUAAAGAGAGAACUCAGCAGCAUUUGGAUGACUAUGCCAGAAGAGGACUGCGCACUCUGUGUAUUGCCAAGAAGGUGAUGAGUGAUGCAGAAUAUGCAGAGUGGUUAAGUCACCAUUUUUUAGCAGAAACCAGUAUUGACAACAGGGAGAAGCUGCUGCUUGAAUCUGCCACAAGGCUUGAGACAGACCUAACUUUGCUCGGUGCCACUGGCAUUGAAGAUCGCCUGCAGGAGGGUGUUCCAGACACGAUACAGGCAUUACGGAAAGCGGGAAUAAAAAUAUGGAUGCUGACAGGUGACAAGAGAGAGACAGCUGUCAACAUUGCCUAUGCUUGUAAGCUGCUGGAACCAGAUGACAGAAUCUUCACUCUUAAAUCACAAAGUAGGGAUGUCUGUGCCUUGGUAAUGAACAAAAUUUUAGAAGACAUCCAGAAGAAUGCUUCUGCCAAAAAAAAACCCAGGCAGAAGCUUGAAAAUGUCUCUGCAAGUCCUUCCACCCAAGCUCCAGGCUUCAGUGCAGGCCUGGUUAUUGAUGGAAGGACUUUAGAGCAUGUCCUUCAUGACAGCCUACAGAAUAUUUUCCUGGAACUCACAGAAAAAUGUCGGGCUGUAGUCUGCUGCCAAGCCACACCACUACAGAAGAGUGUCCUGGUCAAGCUGGUGCAAAGUAAGCUAAAGGCAAUGACAUUAGCUGUAGGUGAUGGUGCCAAUGAUGUCAGUAUGAUCCAGGUGGCUGACAUUGGUGUGGGAAUAUCAGGCCAAGAAGGCAUGCAGGCUGUGAUGGCAAGUGACUUUGCAAUCUCUCAGUUUAGACACCUCAGGAAGCUGCUGCUUGUCCAUGGUCACUGGUGUUAUACCAGGCUUACCAACAUGGUACUUUACUACUUCUACAAGAAUGUGACCUACGUGAACCUCCUAUUUUGGUACCAGUUUUUCUGUGGGUUCUCAGGCACAUCAAUGACUGACUACUGGAUCUUGAUUCUUUUCAAUCUCCUUUUCACAUCGGUGCCACCCAUCAUUUACGGUGUCUUGGACAAAGAUGUAUCUGCAGAGAUACUCAUGCAGCUCCCACAGCUGUAUACCGUGAGCCAGAAAUCUGUGGCUUACUUGCCUUCAACUCUCUGGAUAACCUUGCUGGAUGCUUUUUACCAAAGUCUCGUUUGCUUUUUUGUGCCUUACUUUACUUACUAUGACUCAGACAUAGACAUCCUUUCUUUUGGAAACCCUAUAAACACAGCAGCACUCUUCACAAUACUGUUUCACCUUCUCAUUGAGUGCAAGUCUGUGACUUGGAUACAUACAGUAGUUAUAGUUGGCAGCAUCCUGUGUUACUUUAUCUUCACUCUGGCUUUUGGAGCAACCUGCAAAACCCACAACCCACGAUCAAAUUCUUACUGGAUCAUGGAAAAGCACAUGACAGACCCAGUAUUUUACUUAGUUUUCCUCCUGACUACUUGUGUUGCUCUGCUACCUAGAUAUUUGCUGCGAGUUCUCCAAGGAACAUUGUUUCCAUCUCCGUUAUUGACAGCCAAGCGCCUUGACAGACUGACCCCCGAGGGGCGGAAGGAAGCAAUUAAGACAUGGAAAGCUGAGUGCAGUGUGAAUGAUAGAGGGGAGUCUCAAGCUACUUCUGUGUCUUUCAGCUCAGCUGCAGGUGCUGUAUCAGAGGAGGAAAGCAUUGACAGUGUUUUGCCAACAUCUAAAACACCUUUUCAGGCCUGUUCAAGAGAUGGGCUAGUAGAGGACACUUCCUUCUUACUAGACAUUCAGGAUGAUUCUAGUAGUACAAAUUGCUUGAACUCUAAAAAGACUGAAUUUCUGAACUUAUCAAAGGAAACUAAUACAGAUACAUUUGCUGAUAAUAAUUCAUGUGCCAAAGUCUGUGUGUGUCCUUCUGAAGUGGGCAGCAGUGCUAUAUCUCUAGCAGAAAAAGCAGGUUUGAAUUCUCUUUUGUGUGAAGAAGAUGCUUUACUGUAUUUUACAAAGUUGGAAUGCUAACUGGUUAAACACAAGAGUAGUAACUGCUGAUUUAUGGUACACUGUGGUUCUGUUUUCUUCAACCAAGGUAGAUGAUGCACACAUUUCCUUAAAAGCUUUUUUGUUUAUAAAACUUUUCAAUAAUUUA